AUGCCCAUUGUAAAAUACCCCAGGGCUACAGAGCCUCUCUGGCAUGAAUGGGACAGGAAAGCACAGAAAUGUGGAUUAAGACACACAGUCUAUGCUGUAAAUGGGGAUCAGUAUACCGGCGAAUGGCUGGACAACUUGAAGCAUGGUAAAGGCACCCAGGUAUGGAAAUGCACCGGAGCUAUUUAUAGCGGUGACUGGAAGUUUGGGAAGAGGGAUGGUUAUGGCUCAUACAGCAUUCCUGACCCUGUAACCAAGGAAUACAAGAAGGUGUACACAGGCUGGUGGAAAAAUGACCGAAAAUGCGGCUAUGGGGUGACAUUUUACGCCAGCAGGAAGCGCUACGAGGGCGAGUGGAGCGGUGGGCUGCGGAGCGGCUGGGGACGGAUGUACUACCCAGAUGGCUCCAUCUACGAGGGGCAGUGGCUGGAGAACAAGCCCAACGGGCAGGGGAUGCUGCGGCUGCCAAAUGAAAAUCGGUAUGAAGGAGGUUGGAAAGGUGGAAAGAAGCAUGGCCCAGGGAAAUUUUUCUACUUGGAUAAGGGACAGUUGUUUGAAGGUAUCUGGGCAGCAGAUAUACCAAAAUGUGGAAUUCUGAUUGACUUUGGCAGAGAUGAAGCUCCUUCCCCUACUCAGUAUCCAAUCCCAAAGAUUGAACUAGCUGAUCCAGAUGGUGUUUUAGCAGAGGCCCAGGCGAUGUUUGAUGACAGCCAAAAUUAA